AUGCGAGCUUGGCUCGCCCUAAUCGUGCUUGGAAUAGGCACAUCUAUAGGGAAAGAAAUCGCUUUGAAUUUGCCAUGUAACAACGAAUUGGAUGGUUUAUUGGCUCAAGAUCCAGAAGGAAAUGAGUCGGCUUUUCUGCAAUGUGUUGCCGUUGAUGGAGUCAAUGGAAUCGGUUUUUGGGAGCGAAAAUUCUGCCCAAACAAUAUGAUCUUUGAUUUCGUCGGUCAGCAAUGUAAAGACGAUGACAAGAAACAUCACUACAGAAAAGAGGCCAACAAAUUCAACAUUGCCAUUUUAAACAACUCUUGUGCUCGAGGAGAGCAAUGUAUUGGUGGAACGGUUUGCGAUUUGGAGACAUUGAGAUGUUUGUGCCCGUAUGGAACACAAGCCGAUCUUGAUACUCUUUCGUGUAUCACUCCUGGAAUGCCCAAUCAAUUCAGCACGUUCACUGGAUUCAAGCCACAACCAUCUCAAUUCGGAUCAAACACCGGCGGAAACAUUGAAGUCGGAUUUCUACCGAAUCCUGGUCAACCUCAACCACCACAACAAUCACAGUUACCCUUCAAUUUCAACUUUAAUAUGAAUAAGAAUGGUAUGUCUCCCGAAACACCAAGCGGUUUUCCAAGCGGUUUACCCGAUUUCUUAAUGCCAAGCUCGCAAAAUAGUGGAAUCGACUUCAAGCCGAAUCCCUUUAUGGUACCGCCUAUGUCAAAGAAGAUCCCGAUUCUCGCUCCACCGGGAAAAUCGUGUAAAGAAGGCGAGUUGUGCACGGGUGGAUCGUUGUGCACCCGGCCGAUUGGAAUGUGUCUCUGUCCGGGCGAUUUGGAGGAAAGACAAGGGGAAUGUGUUCUACCAGAGAGAGCGGCUAUCAUCAUCACGAAAGUUGGCAUCGGCGCUAUUUGUGGUGAUUUGGCCGAAUGUGAUCAUGGAUCAACGUGCGUGAAUGGUCGUUGUAUGUGCGUUGCACCUCUUUUGCAAGAGGACGGUCGUUGCAUCAUGCAACCACAACACAAGGAAGUCGGUCCCGGAGAGUUGUGUGAUAAUGGCGAAGUUUGUGUGAAAGGGUCCGUUUGUGACUCGGUAAUCCCAGUGUGCGUUUGCCCUGCAGAUACUGACCUCCGCGAUGGAGAAUGCGUUCGGAUCAAGAGCAAUUUCAUUCGCCCACUACCAGCUGUCGCUCCAUGGGCUACCCCAACUCCUCAAUACCAAACUCAGCCACCAUCAUCAGCUAUUCCUCUGGUACCUGUUGAGCCUUACCAUCCUCCACAACCUAUUCAACCAAUUCCAUCUCUUCCACCAAUCCAACCAAUCUCAAAUGUUCAACGACCGGGCGUCUCCUCACCCGAUCAACCCUAUCAUCCUAUCACCUACACAACUCCAUCACCGCUUCAACCCUUUCCACAAGCCACCGCUUCACCCCAACGCCCACAACAACCAUUUGUGCCCAUUCAGACUCAACCACCACAGCCAGAACGACCCACAUAUCCGUUGCCGAACUUUCAAACUCAACCACCCAAUAUCAUCACAACGCCGAGACCAAUCCCCGCAUAUAAGACUGCUCCUCCAAACUAUGUAGGACCACAAUCGUAUCGAGCCAUUAACACUCCACCAUCACAAUCCGUCAAACAGAAUAUCAUCAAACUUGGUGGUAGUAAGCAAGCUGGUGUAGGAGUUAGAUGCUCUUUGAAUACUGAUUGUAUGGUUGGUGCAUAUUGCAAUGGAAAUACCAAUCCUCCGUCGUGUCAAUGCCUCUCCACUCAUGUAAACGUCGAUGGAAAGUGUGAAAAAGUGAUCUAUCCGGGACAAAUCGGAUGUUUAAACGAUGCUCAAUGCACUUCAGCCUACACAGGAACGAAAUGUAUCGACAGAAUUUGUGUUUGUCCUCAAGGGAAGAAAGCCGUUGAUCAGACUUGUGUUCCUGGCAACACGACGAAAUGUGAGCUAACCGCCGAGUGUCCUCCAAGCUUUCAUUGUGUGCAUAAUCAAUGUAUCUGUCCCUCAACAACUAUCGCAAUUGCUUCGAAAUGUGUUUCCCCUACUAAUAUUAAUUGUCUAUCUGAUUCGAAUUGUCCAAAAAGCAUGCAGUGUGGCUUCAAUAAUAUCUGUGAAUGUCCAAUGAAAGGCGUGUUUUUGCAUGGGAAAUGUUGGAGUAAUAGCGAAGCAAGAGAGAAAAGAAGUUUGAAGCAAAGAAGAGAAGCUCAAGUCGACAGUUCGAUGGUUUGUUGGCCUGGUGCUUCGACAUGUGCCGGUCAUCGAGGGAUCUGUAUCAAUGAUAUCUGUCAUUGUUUGGAGGGAUUUUUGGAAAAGAGUGGUCACUGUGUAGAGAAUCGAAUUCCAUUGGGAGGAAAUUGUGAAGGAGAUGGUGAAAAUCUCUGCACUUCUCCAUUAGAAUGCGUGGAUGGAAGUUGUACAUGUACUCUCGCAAUUGGAUGCUCGAAGAAACCAAAUCCCCAACAAGACUCUCCAGCCAAGCAGAAUUGCCCACCUGGCACUGUUUUUAAGAGAGGUCGUUGUGUGGAUGUGCCGGGAGCAUUUGUGAGUCUAAAUGCGGCUUGUUCUUCACAAGAUCGUUGCAGUUCCGGUUCUUUAUGCGUCAAUGGAGUUUGUAAGUGCAUUGAUGGAGCAACAGAGAGAAAUGGUCGAUGCCAUCAAUACCCAGGUGGCCGUUGUUCGAAUGGAGAAGCUUGUGAUGGGGAUGCCACUUGUGAAUUGGGUAUUUGUAAAUGCGCUUAUGGCUUUACUCUCAAAGAUGAUCAAUGCAUCGCAGCGGUGGCUCAACCAGGAGCCUCUUGUCAACUCGGACAAGUCUGUACUCAAGGCAGUAAAUGUCGAUUUGGAAUCUGUAUGUGUGUUGGAAAGACCUAUCUAACGGAUAAGAAAUGUGUGGAAAAGGGAAUUGUACUGAUAAAUCAGAAAAAAGAAGUCACGAAGAUGAAAACAUCACCAAUGACUGUUACAAGAACGCUUCUAACCACCAUCACUCCAAUCUCUUCAACUCCUUUACGAUUUUCUCACCGUAAAGACAAAGAUUUUGAAAGAGGACCAGGUCAAAUUUGUGAAGUGCCAAAACAUCGUUGCAUAAAAGGAUCAAUUUGUGUUGAAGGUUUUUGUAUUUGUAUGGAAAAUGAAGUAAUCAUUAAUGGAGAAUGUGUAAGCAGUGAGAAACAAGCAAUAGAAAUUAUCAAUCAAAUUCAAAUCAGUGCACCUGGUCAACCGUGCAAUAAUCAAUCAGAAUGUGUUGGUGGUUCGAGUUGUGUGAAAGAGAUUUGUACUUGUCCACCAGAGAUGAUUAUUUCAUUGGGUGCUUGCGCCGAUGAUCCAGCAAAGCAGAAAGCCAGCUCAACACCAGGAAUGUUAUGCGUAACUUCUAUCGAGUGUCCAUUGAGAACCGAAUGCUUGAGAAAUGUUUGUAGAUGUAAGCCAGGAGAAACUGUAGUUGAGAACAGUUGUCAAGAAGCGAUCAAUCAAGUUCUACCAGGUGGCCAAUGUAAAAAGGGAUACGAUUGUGUUGGUGAAUCUCAGUGUCGAUUUGGUGUGUGUACUUGUGGAGCAAAACUUGUCAGUGAUGGGAAAGAAUGUGUCUCAAUCGAGAGUCUAUCACAAGUUCAACCAGGAAACUCUUGUGAUAACUCAACGAUUUGCAUGGGAGGAUCGAUUUGCUUGGAAAACCUUUGCACUUGUCCUCCUGAAUAUAUUGAAGAUGCUAAGAAAUGCGUCUUGAGGUCAAUCACAGUCUAUCACAAGUACGCUGGAAAUGAGGCUCAAAAUGAAAUCGUUGAUCUAACCGGAGCUCCGCUUAUCAACCAAGCAAUGCCAAGAUUUGCUUAUUUGCCAACACUUGGAGAGAAUUGUGAAACACUAUGUCGAGAUGGAGCUUCAUGCAUUCAACACUACUGUCAAUGUGUUGGUGAAUUCUUUGAGUACACCGGAAAGUGCAUUCACAAAAGUGAAGCCGAUGCCUUAUUCAAUUCCCAAGUGCACAGCAUUAGUUACAAUUUUUUGCCAGCAAAUGCUAGCUCAGAUCUAGCAAGAAAUUAUGGAAUCAAUUUAGAAGGUGUUCCCAAUAUUUUACUCGGUCAUAAAUGUACACAUCCAACCGAUUGUCCAGCAAAUGCUUUCUGUUUUGGUCAAGCAUGUCGCUGUCUUUAUGGAUUUAGAGCAACUGCUGGUUAUUGUGAAGUAGUGAUUCCAUUGGGUGGUGAGUGUGUCUCGGGAAAUCAAUGUGAGGGAGAUGCGACUUGUGUUGAUGGUAUUUGCACUUGUGUGAAACCUGAAACAAAAAGAUGUCGACCGGCUAAACUAGCAAGACCUGGAGAUAACUGUAUGAGGAAUCAAGUUUGCAGUUACAACUCAUUUUGCAGUACGAUUAGUGGUGUUUGCGAGUGUCCACCUGGAAUGGAAACAAUUGACGAUCGAUGUAUUCAAACGGAUCAACCAAGAGGGCGAUUCUGCUUAUCAAGUAGAAGUUGUCACAAGUUCAGUUAUUGUGACAAUGGGAGCUGUGUUUGUAAGAAUAGUUAUGUCUUGGCUAAUGGUUUUUGUGUUCCGCAACCAGGUCGAAUCUCAAAUGAAGAACUAUUUGAUUUGGUUCGUCAAAGUUAUUACAGCUAUAAAGGACAAGCUUUUAGUGGAUAUGGACAAGAUUUUAUGCCUUUUACUCGAUCAGAUUCAUCUUGGGCACAAGCUCGAAUUCGAGCGGAAUUAGAUAGAAGUACAGUUAAUCAAGAGGCUGAAGAAAGGAAAGCAAAAUUCCCAACAAUAUCCACAAAUCCAUCAACUUCUUAUCUUUCCACCUUGCCAUCAACAAUCCCUACAAUUUCUCCCGUGCAAACAAUGGCGAUUCCAAGCUUUCCAUUUCUUGCUGUAAAUGUGCCAAACAAAAAUAACAAUCUACCACCUUUUACAUUCACUGCGGAGAAUUUAAAGCAAGGUGGGACUCCAGUUCAAGUGAAUGUCAUUCCUCCAUCGUAUCAGAUUCAGAUUCCAACAAGCAAUCAACGCUUGACUUUCAAUAGACCACCAAAUAUUGAUGCUUAUCUGAAUCCAAAUCCUAACUAUAUAGAAAAACCAGCGAAUGUUGAAGAACCGGAUAAAGUUCUAGGUUCACCAGAGGACACAGAAACAGAAAACACAACUUCUUCGAUGAAAAAACUUGCUCAACCAGGCGAGUUUUGUGGAGAUGAGUUUGAAUGCGCUGGGAAUUCCUAUUGUGAUCAUGAUUUUUGUCGAUGCCCUAGAGGAAGUAAAUCAAUGAAUGGAUUUUGUACAAGAAGAAAACACAUGCUUCCAUCCAUUUACAAUGAGAAAGUUGAUGCAGUGAAUGCAGAAGAACAGAAACAGUUUUCAAAUCCUUUAGAAUCAUGUGAGAAUGGAGAAUUUUGCACGGCUGGAUCUGAAUGUUCAGCGAUUUCUGGGCUUGGAAAACUUUGCCAGUGUCCAGAUACUCAUUUUGUGCUAGAUUCUGAAUGUGUUCAGUUCCCAAAAAAUGCUUUAGCAUCAGGCGUUGGGCAAUCAUGUGCUAAAGGAGAAUUGUGUCUAGGUGGCUCAAAGUGUCGAGGGAAAAUUUGUCUCUGUCUCGACGGGACAGAAGAGCUUUUCGGGAUUUGUAUUAAAAAAGCCAGUCCAGGGGAUUCUUGUUCAAAUGGAGAAAUCUGUAUGGAGGGUUCAACCUGCAAACGAAAUCAUUGUCUUUGCCCAAUUGGUACAAUCUCUUUCAAGUCAAAGUGUAUUGUGGAAAGAGUUGAGGGACUGCCAGGCACACCUUGUACAACCGAUCGAGCUUGUUCCGAAGAUUCUUAUUGUUCUGAUCAUAAUAUUUGUGAAUGUCCACCGUUUCAUAUAAACUUUGGCAAGAAUUGUAUAAGAGAAGAAGUCUUAAAGAGUCCGAAUGAAGGCUGUAAUCACUUAAGCAUUUGCACGAAUGGAACAACGUGUGAAGAUGGUAGCACAGCACCAUUUGCUGUUCUUCAGAAAAUACGAGUUUUAGUGAACGAAGUGGUGACUUCUCCGCCUGGCGGCAGUUGCUCUGGAGAACGUGAAUGUACUGGAGGAUCAAUCUGCCGCGAAGGAUGGUGUGUCUGUCCACAUCAUACAAUGAUCGUCCAGAAGGGAAUCUGUGUGCAGACCCAGCCUCGACCAACCAUCCCUCCACGACCUUCUCCUCCACUCCCAGCCACCACACCACGUACAUUCCCAACCUAUCCAACUGCCCCUCCUCAGACCCAGCCUCCCAUUUCUCAAACUCAGCCUCCUUCACCUCGACAGCCGAUUGUUUUAGGCCGAAAGGCUACCCCGGGAGCCCAAUGUGGACCUCUCGACACUUGUGUGGGCGGAUCUAUGUGUGUGGAGGGCUUCUGUCUCUGUCCUGCUGGCUCUCAAGCUAGUGAAUUGGGUCGUUGUCUCCCAGCUACGACCAUUCCCGCUUCAACCAGCCCACCGAUCAAGCUACCCACUCAACCAACACUUGGAGGUAUUCUAAGAGUUCGCCCCACCCAACCGGCACAACCACCGCCAGUUUUUGCUUCCUUGCCGCCACGCCGCCCAGCCGCCAGUAUUGAAGUGCCGCUAACACCAAGCGCGAGUAACCUCGUUUCUCCUACUCCCACAACUCCCACAACGACUUUUACUUCGAACGAAAAAGAAGACGAUUCCGAAUGUCGAGCGAUCGGUUUAAUUUGCAAGGGGAACACGGUGUGCCGAAAUAAAUCGUGUCAAUGCCCGGAUGGACAUGUGCUACUGGGAGAUGCGUGUGUUCUGCCGGAAACUGAGAAAAAAGCCGCAAGACGAGGGAAAAGUUGGAGUCAAGCUCAAAACUCGAAAUAUGCUCGUCCAAUGGAGGAUUGCUCUCAUGGAGAACAAUGUGUUGGUGGUGCUGAGUGCGCCGCGUUGUCCGAUGGAACAACUCGAUGCAUCUGCCCAAUCGAGAAACCGGUGCCAAAGGGUGAUUGGUGUGUGGCCGAAGAACCGCAAAAGAAAAUCGGAUUCCCUGGAGGCGCAUGUGAUGAGAACACUGUUUGCGCACGAGGAUCCACAUGCCAAAAUGGUUUCUGCCGCUGCCCAGUUGGACAGAUUUCCAUCGCUGGAAUGUGUACCACUCCUCCUCCAGCUCCUCAACCAACUACCCCUUCUGCUCCAGUCCCAUCAGCUCCAAUCGUUCUCCGAAAGAGAGCCAAUCCUUUUGAUUCGUGUGAAGAAGGAGAGAUUUGCACUGGUGGAUCCAGCUGUGACGAGGACACUGGUCGUUGCAUGUGUCCAAUUGGAAUGAUUGUGAUGAUGAACGAGUGCAAAUCGCCUCCAACCACUGCGAAGACGCCCGUGAUCAAGUCGGCCGAGUGCCAAAACGAUGCCGAAUGUGGCGCGAAUCGGGUUUGCGUCGUGGGUGCAUGCAAGUGUCGACCGGGAUUUGUCGACAAUGCCGGCAAAUGUGAACCGCUUGAAGCAGUUGAAUUCAACGAGCGUCCAGCUCCGGUCUCCUAUGCUAAGCACAAGGUGCAAAGUCUAGCAAGAGAAGAAGAAGUGAGCGCCGAAGAGGCCGCCACCAGGCCGACACCCAGGCCACGAGUGAAAGGAUUACCGAUUAGAAGACCGAAGCCAAAGCCAAAGCCAAAAUCUGGUGGUUCUAGUGGCGGUGGCGGAGGAUCAGGGAUGUCGAGUCGAAAAACGAGCAAUGGAGAGGGAUUCUGCCCUCCAGGCAAUGAGCCGACUCGAGACGAAGAAUCCGGAAAGAUCAUCGUCUGCAAUGGGAUAGAGCCGAAUUGCCCACCCCGCUCCUAUUGCUAUAUCACUUCAGCAUUUACUCGCGCUCCGCUAGUUUAUGGUCAUCCAUGUAUCGAGGGAGUGGAUAAAUGUCGGAAUGGAGCAUCAUGCAUUGAUCAUGUGUGCAAAUGUUCACCUGGAGAGAUGUUGAAUGCUUCUGCUCAUUGUACUCCAAUCACCAGAGCACCACUUCAUUUCCCGCCAACAACGACUGAAUCCUACUUUCUGCCGUACACAGCACCAACAACUCCAAGGGUUCCCAUUGUACGAAUUGAAACGAUCUCUCCGAAAACUCCAGAUGUUGUUAGUUGGAUGAAGCCUAAACCAGAUCAAUUCUCUUCAAUGCCAUCAAAAGAGGUAGCAAUUGGUGGCAGUUGUACCCUGUUUGAUGACUGUCUUCGUGGUAGUGAAUGUAUCGAAAGCGUUUGUCAAUGUCCACCAACAACAAAUCUAGAAGAUGCGGAAUGUGUUAAAGAACAUCGUCGAGACAUCGCUUUCCCAGGCGAUAGCUGUGCUUUGGGACAAUUGUGCGCUGGGGGAUCAAUCUGUGACAAUGACUCAUCGAAAUGCAUUUGUGGAGCUGGAUUUAUCAAAAUGGGAAGACGAUGCAACAAUAAAGAUGGCCCUCGUUUUGCAGCACCCGGUGAUCGCUGCGGUCGAGGAGAGGAAUGCUCGGGUGGAUCAUAUUGUGAAAAAAGAAAGUGUGUCUGUGAUGCCCAGCAUUAUUCGAGCAGUGGCUACUGCAGGCCGAUUGGUUCACCGAAUUCCGAUGUGAGACUAGAUGGGAAUGGACUUCGGUUCUCUUCAAAGCAAAUACCGCCAAGACCAAGAGCUCAGGAAUGCAAUCCGUUUGAGUGUCGACUUCCGGAAUGCUUCUGCAGUCGAUCAGGAAAAGAACCACCAGCUGGCCUCCAACCAGAGCAGAUUCCACAAUUUAUUGUGCUCACCUUUGAUGACUCGGUGAAUGGCCGUACUUUGUCAGAUUACAAGAAAAUUUUCGAUAGUGAUCGUUGGUUCAAUCCCAACGGUUGUCCAGUGAGAGGAACGUUCUUCAUCUCGCACGAGUGGACGAACUACGAUGCUGUACAAUGGAUUCACCGACGAGGACAUGAGAUUGCUUCAAAUUCAAUCACACACACAUCAUUGGAGAACGAGGAUUCAAGGAGAUGGCUUGGGGAAAUGGAUGGAAUGAGGAGAAUGUUGUCGAAAUUCGGUGGCGCUGAUGAGGCUGAAGUUGUUGGAAUGAGAGCACCUCAAUUGGCUACUGGAGGAGAUGCUCAAUUUGAGAUGAUGAUGAGAGCCGGAUUCUUGUAUGAUAACACGAUGACAGCCAAUCCUGGUUUGGACAGCCCACCCUAUUGGCCACAGACAAUGGACUACAAAGUGUCGUUUGCUUGCAAUGACAAUAAGUGUCCAGAUAGAUCUUUCCCUGGUAUCUGGGAGAUUCCGAUCAAUCAAUUCUAUGGCGGCUAUAUGAAGCAAAUCGACAGCCAUCGACGGGCAAGCAUGCUGAGAGCGGCCACACAUUUGGAUGCGUCAAUGAAUGAAUUGGUGGACAUGUUGAUGACAAACUUCGAAAGAGCUUACCAUUCGAAUCGAGCUCCUUAUGUGCUCACCCUAAACGCCGACUUCCUUCAGUUAAACAACACAGAUAUUGGAAUGAGAAGCUUUGUUCGGUUCAUGGAUGAAAUCUCAAAAAACAAGGACGUUUACUUUGUAACACUUGAACAAUUGGUGAAAUGGAUGCAGAGACCGACCACAUUGCAAGAGGCUCCACAGAGCGAGGCGCUUCGUUGUCGUCGUGCUUUCUCCGAUCUUUCCAAAGCCACCUGCGCCAAGCCGAACAAGUGCAUGUACCGUACGCCCGAUCUCACAAGUCCCGAGCAUCAAUUCCUUACCUGUGCCCCGUGCCCCGAUGUGUAUCCAUGGCUUGAGAACCCUGUGGGCACAACU